GGCGCGGUCACGCGGGGGGGGAGGGGCGGGGUUGAGCCCCUCCCCCCACAAGAUGGCGGCGCGCGCGGCGCGGCGGAAGGCGGGGGAGGGGCGGGCGCUGCCCCCCAGCGGCGUCGCGCCCCAUGGAGAGCCCCGGGGGCGAUGCGCCCCACUGCGCUGGGUGGACAGCGUCGGCCUCGACACCUUGGACCUGCUGGAGCCCUAUGGGGACCCCCCCAGCACCCACCCAGCUCCUGCCCCGCGCCCCCCAACUGAAGAGGCCCCCCCUCGGCACAAUGGGGGCCUCUGCCCCACGGCUGCCCCACGGGCGAGGAAGGGGCCCCCCACAUCCAAGCCCCACAGCAGCCGCCCUGCUCCCCAGCCCCACACAUCCAGGGCCCCACAAGCUCAGGCCCUGCCCCACAUCUCCCCAUGGGGGCUGAAGGGCUCCCAUGCGCCCAGAGCCCCUGAAGCUCCCCAUAGCCCCCUAUGGGGAGAGGAGUGGCCCCCGAUAGCUGGGACCCACAAGUGCCCCCGUGACCCCUCCCUGCCCCACAUCUCCCCCCAAGAGCACCCCCAGGCCUCCAUCCUCCUCCAGCCCCACAUCUAUGGGGCAGCAGCACCUGGGGGAGGGGGGGGGGGGGAAGGGCCCCCCGCCAUCGACCGCCCCAUAUUCAUGCUCUAA